CUCCUACUUGGUCCCGCCUCCUCCUGGCCUGAUGCCUUGUCUCAUAGGGGGAGGCCUGCAGUAUGAGGAGGAUCGCAGGUCCCUGAGCACCGAGGACUGAGGGGGAGGGGAGGGAUUGUUUACAUGAGCCGUGCACGACACUGCGCCACGAUCAGUUCUAAUGAUCCGGAUCUCCGUGUGUGCAGGAGCUGACUCUCGCUGUAAUGGAGACACAGCCCUUGAAACAGCAAAUCCAAAGCGUGGAGCGCAAUAUUGCAUUUCUUAAAAAAGAACAGCUGGAUCUGUUGCGUGAUCUUCACCUGGAAAUUCUCAGACUGCAAAAGCAUUGCACGGAGCUUACACAAGAAUUGGAAUCAAAGAGAGUGGAGGAUUUCCAGCAAGAUCAAAUUGAGCUAGAAAUGGAGGAAAAAUGCAGAAUUUUGGAAGCCCGGUACAGUGAAAAAGAGAAGCUGAACCUGCAUUUAAAAAAAGAGCUUUACCAUCGGGAGAAUAGAGUUGCAGCUUUGAGAUCUAAACUGAGGGAAAAGGAAAAGAGGUACUUGGAGGAAGUGAAGAGAAGAAGUCACAGAGUUACCAUAAUGAAUACAGAGUUGCACAAGCAAACUGAAGCUGCAGCUUAUCUAUCUUUCCAGCUGCAUGCGAUGAAGCAGAAGCAGCAAAGCUCACAAUACAGCAAUCAGGUAUCAUCCUGCCCCCUUGACCUCUCAGUAGUCAAGCAACCUUAUCACGAAGGAAAGGUCAAGAGGAGAGUCCACAAGCAUCAUAGUGCUUGGAGGGCUGAGUGUUCUGCAACCAAGGAUAUAACAAGAGACUCCUUUCAGAAGGAGCAGAUGACCAGUUAUGACGAGUUGGAACCUAUGCCAGAUCCAGCUCUAUUUUUGUAUCCUAAGAGGUACCUGCAACAUCAUCGGCAGAGAGCGGAAUCAAAACCUCACAGCCUUGAAAAGAGCGGCCCAGGUCGUGUUGGUGGUUCAAUGCCACUUGGCAGUCAGUGGUCGGAAAAGCUUUCAUCAGAUAAUGAGGAUUCGCCUCCUUCCAUUCCUGUUGUUAAAGCUAAACUUCCAAAAAGUGAACGAGGAAAGAGACGUGCUUUGGCUAGGCAAGAUUCCAGGGAUUCCGAAUAAAGCAGGGCAUUCUGUCCAAAGGCCUCUUGGAAAGAUAUAUGUUAAACCAGUAGGAGUCUUUAUAGUAAACUGGUUGCUAUACUGUAUUUCCACGUGCACUGCUCUCUUUUAUGAAGUCUUCCUACAUCUGCUACGUUUCUUCCUCAUUGCUUAGUGGAAGAUUUUUACGGCUGCUUCUGUUUUCCUACAACAUAUAUCUUCUUUAGAAGUCCUUUCUGAAGAUUUGUUAUAUACCUUUUUUAUUUCGUUAAAUUUAAAAACUAAAUCAAAAUACAGAGUAGCAAUACUUGUUUUUCCACAAUAGAAUUCUUUUGUCAAUGUCACAAAUAAGUUCGCUUUGAAACCUCCUACAAGAAUAAUAUAGACUGUGCAGUGUUCAUGGCAGCUCUAUUUGCUUGCCUAAUAUGGUAUUUGUAUAUGCUUUUUUAGGAUAAUUUUAGAUCUCUUCGCUGCUUGGCCUUGCUAAAAUAUCACAACACAAACGUUAAACUUGUUUCAUUGACCUCGUGGUCAUAAUAAUCAGGAGAUACUAAACUAGGAACACCUAUUGAACUUCUGAAUGUUUUCUUUAUUUUUAUUCCGUAACAGAUUUCAGUAAAGAUUUGUACUUUUUAAUUGAAUGGAUGUCGCACACAAAAAAAAAAAAAAAGAUUAAUUUAUGCUCAAGGAAUUCAGGGAUCAGGUAAAUAAAAAUGUACUUCUGUAUGACUUUUUUUACAAUAAGGAAAAAGAGGUUUUAUUUAUUUUUACAUCUGCUGAAAAGGUUUAUUAAGACAACACCACAGUUGAACAAAGAACGAGCUGGUUUCUCAGUUGCUAUUUCUGAUUUAAUGUCCGUUUUUAGUGCAUACCAAAGUGAUACUUGCAUUUCAAAACGCUGUACCAUUUCCUCCAGUGCUUUAUGCCAGGUAGUCAUUAUUAUGUUUAGAAGCUUUGUCGUUGGAUGAUGUCAGGUAGUGGCUAGACAGGAAGGCACUUUAUUCAUUACUGCACUGCAGUUAUGGUUUUCUCAAAUUUUUAUAAAAUAUUCAGUCUCCCAACUAUGUCCUUUCAUUUCAGCUUUCAUUAAAAUUUCAUAUCAUU